CUUUUUCAUUGGUUAUCAAAAGUAUAAUUAUUUUUCAGCAGUAAUAACAGAGAAACUUGAUGGAAAUAAAAACGUGUAAGAACUAACAGUUAGUUUUAUGCGAGUUUAUAACGAGAAAGGAUCUUUAACGAACAGGUCGACCUGUUUUUAACAUCGUAAUAGUAGAUAUAUUGCCACGCUUUAAACAUUUUAGACAUUUAUUGAAGAUAUAUUAAACUAGGAUGGCAUUGCAACGUCUUAUUGCGCUGACAAGUAUUGUCUCAUGGAUUAUUUUUCUGACAGUAUUUCCCUUCGGAACAACAAAUGCUAGAGCUCGUUUAAGCUUUGGUAAAAGUGGUGUCGAUGAGGUAAUUCCUGUGGAUGUAACCUCCAGCACUCAAGACAGGCCAAUGAAUUUUGCAAAGAAAUUUAUGAAACUACUCGUAGACAUUUCUUUUUCAAAAGGAGAGUCCGGAGACACAGAUGGAAUCCGAUUUGCACUUACUACGUUUGAUGAUCAGGCAGAUGUUGUUUUCAACCUGAAUGAUAAAGCCGAACUCAAGAAAGGAAUUGGCAACAUACAGACGGUUGGAAGCUGUAGUUCAAGGCCGUGUAAAGCGAACCAAAGAUGUCAUCAAAAAGGUGCCUCACAUGUCUGCAAAU